GCCAUUUCGGAAGCGCUGGCAAAGCUGGACGACAACGACGAUCGACUACUUCUCAAAGCUUACGGUGACAUCACUGAAGACUUGAGGGCGAGAACUGUGUUAUUGAAAAAAGCGAAGAAAAAGAUUCAGGGAUUAGAGCAAGAAGUGAAUGAUCUUCAAAGUGAAUUUGAAUCCGACAGAACAGACUAUUUGGAGACAAUCCGUCGACAAGUCGGACAAAUCAAACUUCUAACACAAAUUUUGGAGAAAGUGGAGCCCUGUCUUCGGCGGGACUGUAAUUACGCGAAUAUCGAUAGAAUCAAAAUGGAAAGUGUUUGGGACGAAGAUCUCCAGAAGUGGCGUUUGCCUGAUCUCGUUGUGUCUCAAACCAAAUUACCGCCGCCUCCCGGAGGUAUGCAACCCGGGGGUCGAGAACCAGCCCUUUCGAACCAGUAUCGGCCAAAUGCAGACAAUAUGACCACAAAUGGGACA